ACAUGGACCUGAUAAUGUUUAUUUUUCUGUCUGUUUGUCCUGUUAUUUCUGACGGACUGAUUGUUCAUGGUUCCUCUGGACCUCUGUUUGCUCCUCUGGGAUCUUCAGUGGUUUUGCCCUGUUAUGUUGAUGAACUCUUACUAAUGGAGGAUCUGGAGGUGGAAUGGAGAAGAACAGACUCAGAGACUCUGGUUCAUCUGUAUCAAGAUGGUGAGAGUCGACCAGAGGAACAGCACAAAGAUUAUCAACACAGAGCUCAUUUCUUUACAGAUCAGAUUCAACAUGGAAACUUCUCUCUCCGUCUGGACAAUCUGAGAGCUGAAGAUGAGGGAGAAUAUAUAUGUAAAGUUCACAGUCAGCAGGAUUCUGGUGAGACUGUGGUUCAGAUAAAAGAUGUUGAGCGUUUGCUAGUAUCAGGCUCAGAUAAAUCCAUAUCUGUGUCUGUGGGUGAGGACGUCACUCUGAGCUGCUCUGUAGACUCUCACAUCAAACCUGAACACAUUGAAGAGGUUUCAUGGAUAAAAACCGAUGGAGAUAUUCUGGUUCUGCUCUUCCAAAACAAUGAGACUUUACCAGAUUCAUUAGAUGAACAAUACAGAGACAGAGUUGAGUUCUUCACUGCUGAAAUCCCCAAAGGAAACUUCUCUCUCAGACUGAAGAGUGUCAGAACUGAGGAUAAAGGAGUUUACAUGUGUCAAGUGUUUGCUGGAGGACUUUCAGCCAAUGCAACUGUAGAACUGGAGCAACUGGGUUUCUCAAUUUUACACACAAUGGUGUCGAUUCUUUGUAUUACUGCAUCUGGAUCUACACUUCUGCUCUGCUUCAUAAUCCACUGCAAAUCACCAAACAAGGGUAUGUUCAAAUAGUAAAUGACCGUCUUCACUGUAAAAAAUAUUUGUAGGAUACAUUGA